AUGGCGGGUCGUGACGGACAGCGUGGGCCUUGUAGACUCUUGAAAGUCCAGAAAGGGAAGAAACAACAGAGGGCACCCGUGGCACACAGGGCUCUUCCAGCAGAGGAGGAGGAUCCCAGGGUGAAGUGCAAGGACUGCGGAGCCUUUGGCCACAAGAUGAGCAGCGUCAGAUGCCCCAUGAAGCGCUGGCAAGGGGCUCUAGUCCCCCAGCCCCUGGGCUCCAGCAAGAUGAAGGAGAACCUGAAACCAUGGACUCCCCGGGACCUGCGAAACCCAGGGCCCUUUACCAGGGCUGAGAGACAGAACGAGCCAAAUCCAAGGCGAGAAGAACAGCAGGGACAGGCUCUACUCCAGAGGUUUCCCAGGAGACGCCAGGGGAGGCCCCAGCACAAUUGGAAGGAAUCAACAGAAUCCUGUGACUAUGUGAGGCAUCCAAACAGGCCGAUGCCCGUCCACACGACAAAGAGGAAAGGUGUCCUGGACCCUGAUCUCACAAGUAGCUCACCACCUACCAGGAAACCUGACAUGACCUCCAUGGCUUCUCCCACCAAAAGAUCAGGCCCUGGACUGUAUACAGGACAGGAAGUGCCUCUCACUGCCGUGGUUCACCCAGCAUGCAAACACUUUCUCCAGAAUCCUCGCCACAUCGUCCAGCAGAGAGACAGCAGGCCCCACUUGGUCUCCCUUGGUGAUCCACAGGCUGCCUCCAAGACUCAUGGCCUGGGCCAUGGCCUCAUCUCCCAGGCACAGCCCAAGUUUCCUGAAGGGAAGUCACAUGCCAUCGGGUAUGGAGAGGCACAAAGUUGCGGCCACGACUCCAAAGGCAGCAUCAAAGCACCAGGCAAGAGAGCUGCCCAGAUCCCCAUCAAGAUGUGCCACAGCCCCCGAAAGAAACCCAGAUUCAGCCCCUUGGACACAACCCAGAAGAGCACGGAGAGAUCAGAUCUGAGGGUUUUCCAGACUCUCCAUCCUCCAGCUAGACCUACACCGGCAGCGGCACCUCAGGUGACCGUGAUGACACCUGCCCAAGAGUACAACAUUGACUGCCAGCCACCAUGCAACGGCUCUCUCCUGAAGACUGUCCAGGCCUGCCUCAUGCCCCAGCCCCCACCAACUGAUCAGGUUCCAGGCCAGUCCCUCAGAAUGGUCUUCACGAGGUUAGGCAGAGGCCAGUGGAGCUCCAGGUUCAUGACAGCUCCCUCGUUCCCUCCUGCUCAGAAGUCAAGUUCUCCUGGUCAGAGCCCUCUCAUCUCAGAGAAAUCAGAGGGUCAUUGGACCCGUGUCCCCUGGAGUGUCCUCUAUGAUGACCUUCAGGUUUCCUCUUCCUCUGAAGAGAGUGAUGGUCAGUGA